AUGCAUCAAAGGACGCAAUUGCAUCAUUCACCCGAUCUCCACGAGGAGGCGGAGUUGGCAGUACACCUGGCAAUGUUGAAGGAACAAAACGAGAGAAAGAAAGCACAAAUUGAAGAAGUAAAGAAGCGAGCGCAGUUGAUGACUAUAGAGACAUGCGUGCUGCAGCAGGCCCUGGUGAAUUUGUUGCAGGAGAGGCGACCUGAAGCCUCUUCCCCUCGUCAGCAGCAACAGCAGCAGCAGUUGUUGCAGCACAAGCAACAGGGUCAAGCAGGAGCCUCCGGUGCUACUGCUACUACCCCUGCUACUGCGUCUGCUACUGCCCCUGCUACUGCUACUGCUACUGCUACUACUGCUAGUGUAGCAAGAACUACUACCGUUGCUACUGCAGCAGCAGCAGCAGAGAUAGUACCAACAGGAGUGCUCUUAGCAACACUAGUAUCCGCAGGAGAAAUAGGAGUGCGUCGUGACGCAUUUGAAUUUAGGCGUGCAGUUGUGUUAGGAGGGGAAGAUGUAGAGACAGGAGGGACUAAAGGGGAGGUUUUGCUGCAGCAUUUGCAACAUCGCAUAAAGAAGCGGCAGCAGCAGCAGCAGCUCUUGCAGCACAAAAUCAGCAAGUUGAAGAAGCAGCAUCGCCAGCAAAUGGGCGUCUUCCGCAGCAGCAGCAGCAGCAGCAGCGCAGAAGGACUGCAGCGGAUUGACUUCGAUCAACUGCAAAUAGAGAAUGAACAAUUUGCUGCUCAAGUUGAAUCUUCAAAGGCAGAUAUCGCCAAUAAAAAGAAAAAAUGCUCUGUGCUUCUGCAGGCACAGGCGGUAUUAAAAGAACAGCUUAGCCGUUGCCUAGAGGAGGGUUUGGCUCUUGAAGCAUCUUUAAACAGCCGAAAGGCAGCAUUAGAAAAAACAAAGAGAGAAACAGAAGAAACUGCUGCAGAAAAAGAAGCCGUCAAACGCGAAACCAAACGGUUGUUGGUGCAAUCUCGUGGUUGCAGUCAAUUGCCACAAGUAAAAGAUUUAGUUUUACAAAAGUUUUUAUUAUUAAAACAAACCAAAAAACUAAAUGCAUUAAGAAGAAAAUUAGAAGUUGCACAAUUAGAGACUAAAACAGUUAAACAAGAUCUUAAGUUUCAAGGUCUGUCUGCAUAA